AUGUUUAGGAUACCCCGAUCAGCCCACUUGUCAUUUGCCGCGGCGGCCCUUCAAACAUCCAAGUGUUUUUGUGCAACUGGCAGCAAUAGUGACGGAAAGGCCGACGCACCGAAGGAGGGCGAGAAGGCAACAGUUGCAGGAGGUGUUUCCUCAAAGUCCAGAAGCAACAACAAUACCAGCAAUACCAACACCAGUGAUAGCAAUGCCGCUGUCGGGCGCGCGCCGGGGCUCUCAUCUGAGAAACGCUACCCCAAAGGUUUUGAGGCAUUUUACUCGGUGUCGUUACUGCGGAGGCUUCCAUUUUCACGCCCUUCUUCGGAAUCUGUGAAUCGUGCCUACGCAAUGUCUUCUGACGAGCGUAUGCUCAUAGCCAUUAUUUCAGCCAAGGCACGCAAGGCGAGACGUGUACGGAUGUUGGUCAUCUUUUCGUGUUUGUUUGGAGUCACGAUGGCGGUGCGCUUUUACUUUUUGCAUUCGCGCGCAGAAGGGGACAUCAGUGGCUAUACCACUGUGGAAGUGGAUUUGGCGGGACACAGGGCGGUCUUCCGUGGGCAAAAGGGCGAGGCUCUUGGCGUACGGAACUUCGUAGAUUACAGGGCUUUUGAAGCUUCAUGUGAUAGUAACAAGGAUAUACUCGUUGGAAUCCAAACGUAUUACCCAUGGGUGCCUAUGUUACUCCUUUGUCUCCUGCCCCUUUUGGCCCUAACGCAUUCCUUAUUUAACACAUCGGCCAGGCUCGCAUCCCUCACGGCAGAGAAGAGUAGUUAUUCAUUCAAGCGUGAACUUUCCGUUGCCACUCGGCUAAGUGAUGUGGCGGGGUUAACUGAGGCAAAACACGAGGUGGUUGAAGUGAUUGAUUUCUUGAAGAACCCCAGCCGCUACCAGGCACUUGGGGCCAAACUUCCCAAAGGCGUUCUGCUUGACGGGCCACCUGGUGUGGGGAAAACACUUCUCGCGAAAGCCAUUGCUGGUGAGGCCAUGGUUCCUUUUCUCAGUUGUUCUGGAAGUGAGUUUGAGGAAGUGUACGUCGGCGUUGGAGCGCAGCGUGCUCGGGAACUCUUCAAACAAGCUCACGAGUGCAAGCCGUGCGUCGUUUUUGUGGAUGAAAUCGAUGCCUUCGGGAGGAAAAGAAAAUCCGACUCCGGAGGGAGCCUGCGAGGUACGCUGAAUGCGUUUCUUUCUGAAAUGGAUGGUUUCAAGGAUUCCACAGGAAUAAUGGUACUGGCAGCCACUAAUCGUGCCGACAUUCUCGACAACGCCCUCACGCGCUCCGGGCGUUUCGACCGAAAGAUAACGCUGGAAAAACCUUCACAUAAGGAUAGGGUUGCCAUCGCCGAGGUUCACUUGGCUCCACUUAAGCUUGAGCCGUCGGGAACUAUUCGGGGCUUCGCAGAAACCGUCGCCGCGCUUACCCCUGGAUGCAGUGGUGCGGAUAUAUUUAACAUUUGCAACGAGGCCGCUAUCCAAGCCGCGAGGGAGGGAAAGGAAUACGUCUCAACACGCCAUUUCCACCAAGCAGUGGACCGAGUGCUAGUUGGAUUGGAGAAGAGUGCAGUGAAGCUGAGCGAUGCAGAGCGGGAGCGCAUUUCAUUUCAUGAAGCGGGUAAGGUCGUUCUUCAUUGGUUUCAAGAGAAAACCGAUCCCGUCAUCAAAACCACUAUCCUUCCUCGUGGGCAGCAUCGCUCCGGCGUAACCCAAAAGUUGCCUCAAACCGCUUUUAUUUCGACGCAGGAACAACUCAUGCAAGGUAUGGUGGCACAGUUGGGAGGCUACGUAGCGGAGGAGUACUUCUUUAAGGACGUCUCAACAUCUGCUGCAGAUGAUGUGCAGCAUGCUACAAACAGGGCGCGACAGGUGGUCUGCACAUACGGGAUGGAUCCCGAGAAUAUUGGUCACUUUGGUUACAACUUAGACCAGGAAGACAGCAUUCAGAAACCGUUUGGACCAUUAAAGGAGGAUAUUGUGGAUGAGGCCGUUCACAAGCUCAUCACCGAGGCGCUCAACAGGGCGCGGUCCAUAUUAAAACAAUAUCUUAGGGAGGUGCGUGCACUGGCGGGCCUUUUGGCAAGACAAGAGACACUUACAGCGCACGAGCUUUGGCUUUUACUUGGCGACCGUCCUGUCAUGACAAAAGAGUUCCGCACUUAUCUGGAGAGCUAA